AUGGCUAUUCUCCCAUCGUUCCUCCAGGUCCAAUAUGCCAGCGGUGCCGACAGUGUGGUCCAGUUAAUAUUUUACGAGCCAAUCAUCCAUCGUUGGAGGGAAACUGACUUCUUCCCAUGUUCUGUGACCUGCGGUGGAGGUAAUGGGCAACUCCUUCCUCCUAACUACAGUUUAUUUUGAUGUUUCUCAUUUUGAUGUUUCUCAUUUUAUUUGUAUCCUUUAUUUUUUAUCUAUUUUUCAAGUGAGAUACAGUAGGUUUGCCAAGCUCAUCUAAUGCUUUCUGGUCAACAGACAUUUGUUGAUACUUUUCUGCCCAGUCUCAAAAACCUAAUAGUUUAUCAUUGAAUAGGUGGAUUAAAUACUAUAGCAAUGGGCACAUUUUGGCCUGACUGCAUGCCUUUUGAUUGGCUGUAGGAUACCAGCUGACUUCAGUGGAGUGCUUUGACCUGCACAGCGGUCGUGUGGUUGUGGACCAGUACUGUCACCACUAUCCUGAGAAUGUCAAGCCCAAGCCCAAACUACAGGAGUGCAACAUGGACCCCUGCCUUGCCAGGUCAGUCACCUAACUGACUGCAUGCCUUUAAUCUUACAUAUGCUAAUGGGGCAGUGGGUCAUCCAUUCCUCCACAGUGGUGUGCUAUUUUGGUUGUAGUAGUUUUUCUCUUAAAGGCCCAUGCAGCCAUUUUUAUCUCAAUAUCAAUUUAUUUCUGGGAAACAAUUAAGUACCUUACUGUGAUUGUUUUCAAUUAAAAUGGUCAUAUAGCAAACAAAAGUUUCUUAGCAAAGAGCAUUUCCUCAAGCAAUAAUUUUGCUAGGACCGUAUGGAAGUGUUCUGAGUGAGGAGUGUAAAACUGAAAACUAGCUGUUAUUGGCAGAGAGGUUUGGAACUCUCUUUCUUAUUGGUCUAUUAACUAAUUAGGCCAAAACUCCAUCUCACCAAAACAGGCAGACAUUUCAGGCGGUCUUUUCAAACAGCUCUUACACUGAAAGGCCAUUAUCAUAAUCUUCACAAUUGUACAGUAUUAUUCCAACUUCAUAGUGUGGAAAUAUAUACUGAGUAUAAAAAACAUUAAGAACAAGCUCUUUCCAUGACAUAGACUGACCAGGUGAAUCCAGAUGAAAGCUAUGAUCCCUUAUUGAUGUUUCUUGUUUAACCCACUUCAAUCAGUGUAGAUGAAGGGGAGGAGACAGGUUAAAGAAGGAUUUUUAAGCCUUGACAGAAUUGAGACAUGGAUUGUGUAUGUGACAUUCAGAGGGUGAAUGGGCAAGACAAUAGAUUUAAGUGCCUUUGAACAGGGUAUGGUAGUAGGUGCCAGGCGCACCGGUUUGUGUCAAGAACUGCAACACUGCUGGGUUUUCCAUGCUCAAGAGUAUCCCAUGUGUAUCAAGAAUGGUCCACCACCGAAAGGACAUCCAGCCAACUUGACACAACUGUGGGAAGCAUUGGAGUCAACAUGGGCCAGCAUCCCUGUGGAAUGUCCAUGCCCCGACGAAUUGAGGCUGUUCUGGGGGCAAAAGGAGGGGGGAGAGUGCAACUCAAACACAGGAAAAUUACAGUUUCGGCUUACAGUACUGGGCUUUUAAUUGGUUUUCUGUUUCGUUUCCUCUUCUUUUAGUGAUGGCUAUAAGCAAAUCAUGCCUUACGACCUCUACCAUCCCCUGCCUCGGUAUGUACAGCAAGUCAAAUAUGGAUGGAGCUUUUACCCUGGAACUCUUUUUUGGUGUACAGUUGUAUACUGUUGACAAAUGGCACUGUGGCAGCGUUUAGUUAUUCGCCCAUACCCAGUCAAAUGAAUGUCAAAUAUUUAACUAGCUUGCACAGUACAAUAGAGCCAAUGGAAUAGUCCCAGAUAGGCAAACUCUUCCCACCCUGCAUGUUGGUUAAGCUAAAUCAAGCACACCUGAUUAAUUUGAUUAUUUAUUUAUUUCUUACAUUUGAACCGGGUCUUUGUGCUGCCAGGUGGGAGAGUAGCCCAUGGACUGCCUGUUCCACCUCCUGCAGUGGGGGGAUCCAGAGCCGCUCUGUGUCCUGCGUGGAGGAGAACAUUCAGGGCGUCAUCACCCCUGCGGAGGAGUGGAAGUGCCUAUACGCCCCCAAGAUGGUCAUCCUGCAGCCUUGUAACACCUUCAACUGCCCCACGUGGCUGGCACAGGAGUGGUCACCUGUAAGUCACACAUUUAAGAUUGUUCUACUCUAGUCUUUAUGAAACUACUCCAAUAUGGUAGUGAAAAUGUCUUAGCUUAUUCGUUUUCAUAGCGUAUUGUAAAAUAUUCAGAUGUUACCAUUUCAACAAUGUGAGAAAUCUGCGGCAUUUCAAGGCUCUUGUUUCAAGUCUAUCUAUGGCUGUCUGUGGUUAAAAGCCAGAUUCCAGCCUGUAAGGUCUUGUCAGUCCGGCCUGAGUUUACCGAAGACCUCAAGCUGUUAUCCAAUAAUGAACAGAGAGUACUUCCUCUAAUUUACACAGUGUAAAAUCUGCCUACAAUGGCAACAACGCAAGCCUUAAUUGCAUGUCCGAGGGCACUGUGCUGUUAAACUACGGCUCAGGGUCUCUAUGAAACAUCAGAGGUUGAACCACUCAGUUUUUGAAUCAAAAAAUGAAAUGUCCUUGGCCCAAAAAACAUAUUUUUUCCCCCUUCUUCUCGCCUUUACCACCUGACCCUGUAAUCACGCCUCAGUGAGCAGCUCAUUAGUCUCUGAUUGGCUCCAGCGCCGCUGAGCUAAUGACAUGUUAAUUAGCCAAGGUGAAAAAAAUCUCAUGAUUAAUCUUCUUGGGGGUCAGGCUCAGGCAAUGUGAAAAAAGUUAGCCAGACAUUUCAACAUGUUAUCUGCCCUCCCCUUCAUACCACAAGCGGCGUUCUCGCCAUAGCAGGAACACUUGUGACUUCUAAUGUAAACCCAUGUUAAAACUUAACUCUCCCAUGUAAAUACCGGUACAAAACCUCCCCCUCCCCUCCCUUUUAAAAACACAUCGCUUUAAUUAAAAGUGCAAAGUCAGCAGUGCUUGAGAGUCCUCAUCUUCCCUUGCACCCCACACACACAGGUUAUCCAGCCGCUGUAGUUGGAUCGCCGCCUGGGGAGAUAACUGGCUACGUCACUGGACAGGAGUGUUGGACAAUUCACAAUUAACUGCGUGAUGUGGCACUACCAUUGACCAAUCACAAAUCCAGUAGAGGUCCCCUGUGACUUUUAAUUUCAUGGGGAAAUUAACCUCCCCUCUCCGGCAAGCACAAAGGAAGACCAGGGGAGCCAGAUUUGUUCAUCUUAAGAUACAGUGGGCAGAACAAGUAUUUGAUACACUGCCGAUUUUGCAGGUUUUCCUACUUACAAAGCAUGUAGAGGUCUGUAAUUUUUAUCAUAGGUACACUUCAACUGUGAGAGACGGAAUCUAAAACAAAAAUCCAGAAAAUCACAUUGUAUGAUUUUUAAGUACUUCAUUUGCAUUUUAUUGCAUGACAUAAGUAUUUGAUCACCUACCAACCAGUAAGAAUUCCGGCUCUCACAGACCUGUUAGUUUUUCUUAAGAAGCCCUCCUGUUCUCCACUCACUACCUGUAUUAACUGCACCUGUUUGAACUCGUUACCUCUAUAAAAGACACCUGUCCACACACUCAAUCAAACAGACUCCAACCUCUCCACAAUGGCCAAGACCAGAGAGCUGUGUAAGGACAUCAGGGAUACAAUUGUAGACCUGCACAAGGCUGGGAUGGGCUACAGGAAAAUAGGCAAGCAGCUUGGUGAGAAGGCAACAACUGUUGCCGCAAUUAUUAGAAAAUGGAAGAAGUUCAAGAUGACGGUCAAUCACUCUCGGUCUGGGGCUCCAUGCAAUAUCUCACCUCGUAGGGCAUCAAUGAUCAUGAGGAAGGUGAGGGAUCAGCCCAGAACUACACGGCAGGACCUGGUCAAUGACCUGAAGAGAGCUGGGACCACAGUCUCAAAGAAAACCAUUAGUAACACACUACGCCGUCAUUGAUUAAAAUCCUGCAACGCACGCAAGGUCCCCCUGCUCAAGCCAGCGCAUGUCCAGGCCCGUCUGAAGUUUGCCAAUGACCAUCUGGAUGAUCCAGAGGAGGAAUGGGAGAAGGUCAUGUGGUCUGAUGAGACAAAAAUAUAGCUUUUUGGUCUAAACUCCACUCGCCGUGUUUGGAGGAAGAAGAAGGAUGGAACCGUGAAGCAUGGAGGUGGAAACAUCAUUCUUUGGGGAUACUUUUCUGCAAAGGGGACAGGACGACUGCACCGUAUUGAGGGGAGGAUGGAUGGGGCCAUGUAUCGCGAGAUCUUGGCCAACAACCUCCUUCUCUCAGUAAGAGCAUUGAAGAUGGGUCGUGGCUGAGUCUUCCAGCAUGACAACGACCCGAAACACACAGCCAGGGCAACUAAGGAGUGGCUCCGUAAGAAGCAUCUCAAGGUCCUGGAGUGGCCUAGCCAGUCUCCAGACCUGAACCCAAUAGAAAAUCUUUGGAGGGAGCUGAAUGUCCGUAUUGCACAGCGACAGCCACGAAACCUGAAGGAUCUGGAGAAGGUCUGUAUGGAGGAGUGGGCCAAAAUCCCUGCUGCAGUGUGUGCAAACCUGGUCAAGACCUACAGGAAACGUAUGAUCUCUGUAAUUGCAAACAAAGGUUUCUGUACCAAAUAUUAAGUUCUGCUUUUCUGAUGUAUCUAAUACUUAUGUCAUGCAAUAAAAUGCAAAUGAAUUACUUAAAAAUCAUACAAUGUGAUUUUCUGGAUUUUUGUUUUAGAUCCCGUCUCUCACAGUUGAAGUGUACCUAUGAUAAAAAUUACAGACCUCUACAUGCUUUGUAAGUAGGAAAACCUGCAAAAUCGGCAGUGUAUCAAUUACUUGUUCUCCCCACUGUAGCUAGGUGGGACAACCACAUAUCACAGGCACAGAAAGUACAUUUUUCCUUAAUAACGUAGCUAUUAGUAGAAUUUGAUAGAAAGCGCUUGAAUAUGGAAAGAUUUCAAUGGUUAUGAAUUAUUGAAACAACAAACACAACUUGCUCUAAAUAAAUAACUUGCAUGCAUCUGUAAAACGGUCAAAUUGGUAAAACAACAAUGUUAUUUUAUGUCCUCUCCAGUGCACAGUGACUUGUGGUAAGGGCCUGCGCUACAGGGUAGUCCUGUGCAUCGACUACAGGGGCCUACAUGCUGGAGGCUGCAACCCGACUACCAAGCCACACAUCAAGGAGGAGUGUUUGGCCACUGUACCCUGCUACAAGCCCAUAGGUACACAUUUCCCCCCCUUCCCCACCCUAAAGUGUCUACAAUUGAUUGUCUGACAUAACAUACCAAAUGCCAAAUAUUAGGAACAUCUUCCUGAUAUUGAGUUGCACCCCCCAUACUCUACCAACUGAGCUACAGAGGACCACAAUGACAGGAUAAUUGUCUAGCUCAAUGAAGUUACUUUAAGAUUAUUUGGAGAUGAAGUGUGAAAAAUGCUGAUAUCAGGGAUAUUGACUUGCAUUGUUUUUGGGAGACAGUGGCCAGGUAAACAAAAUCAAAGCAUGGAUUUCUGUCCAUAGACUGCUUACAGAGUACAGAAAACAUUUGUAAAAAAAAUUUUUUGGGGUGAACUAUCGCUUUAAGUGCUGUGUCUACCACAUUGUAGGCCAGUGGUCAGCAUCCCUGGUCCUGGACCACUACAGUGCAUACUUUGGUUGGUUCCACCCCAGCACUAACCCUUCUGAUUCCUCUCAUCAAGCUCUUGAUCACUGAUUAUUAGUGGAAUUGGGUAUUUUGCUGCUGGGAUGAAACAAACGCCUGGGUCUUAACAUUGCUGUAUGAACUCAGAAGACCCAUUUUUACAUGCGAAUUGGUAACACUUUAUAAUAACGUACAUUAAUAAACCAUUUAUAAGGCAUUUACAAACUGUUUGCUCAAAAGAAAAUGUUUAAUAUAUGACCUUAAAAACCAUUUACUAAUCAUUAGUAAAGUAUUUUUGCAGUCCCUAAAGUGAGGGCGGUUUAUUCUUUAUAAAGACCUCAUAAAUGUUUUGACUGGCCAGUGUAAUUUCUCACAAAAACAUUGGACAUGCCAUUGGUAGACAUUCAAGGAGUACCUGAUGCUCAAAAUGACCUAGAACAUAUCAAUGUUUUAAGAAUAAGCACACAACACUCAGGAUGUUUAAGGAUAAAAAAAAAAAAAAUGUUAUUCCAAAACAGUCACACUGUUGUAGUAGUGUGAUGUAGCGUAUUUGUAUUUAUUAGGGAUCCCCAAGGCAGCAGCUACUCUUCCUGGGGUCCAAACAUAUUAAAGCACUUACAUUAGAUAUAAAACAAAAACAGUACAUCAUAUGACAUUAUUUUUACCUGUUUUUUAAAAAUCUAAUUAUACUGCUUGCAUCAGUUCCUUGGGGACUUGGGGACUGUGAAGAGACCUCUGGUGGCAUGUCUUGUUUGGUAUGCAUGGGUGUCCGAGCUGUGUGCUAGUAUUUUAAACAGACAGCUUGGUACAUUCAGCUUGUCAACCCCUCUUACAAAAACAAGUAGGGAUGAAGUCAAUCUCUCUUCCACUUUGAGCCAUGAGAGAUUUGCAUUUGUAUUUAUUACGGAUCCGCAUUAGUGGCUGCCAAGGCAGCAGCAACUCUUCCUGGGGUCCAACCACAAUUUACAUACAAUAAAACAAUACAUAACACAACACCUUAUUACACACUACUCUACCAUAACAUAUUUACAAUACAAAAUCAAUAAUACAGCAAAAUAACAAUAUUAAAAUGUGUGUGUGUAGAGUGCGUGUUUGCGAAUGCUGUGGGUGUGCCUGUGUGUGUGUGUGUGUCUCUUCACAGUCCGCGCUGUUCCAUGAAGUCUAUUUUUAUCUGUUUUUUAAAUCUGAUUUUACUGCUUGACUGAGUUACAUGAUGUGGAAUAGAGUUCCAUGUAGUCAUGGCUCUAUGUAGUGCUGUGCGUUUCCCGUAGUCUGUUCUGGACUUGGGGACUGUGAAGAGACCGCUGGUGGCAUGUCUCGUGGGGUAUGCAUGGGUGUCCGAGCUGUGUGCCAGCAUUGCAAACAGACAGCUCGGUACAUUCAGCUUGUCUACACCUCUUACAAAAACAAGCAGUGACGAAGUCAAUCUCUCUUCCACUCUAAGCCAGGAGAGACUAACAUGCAUGUCAUUAAUGUUAGCUAUCCGUGUACUUUUAAGGGCCAGCCGUACUGCCCUGUUCUGAGCCAACUGCAAUUUUCCCAAGUCCCUCUUUGUGGCACCUGACCACACUACUGAACAGUAGUCUAGGUGCGACAAAACGAUGGCCUGUAGGACCUGCCUUGUUGAUAGUGUUGUUGAGAAGGCAGAGCAGCACUUAAUUAUGGACAUACUUCUCCCCAUCUUAGCUACUGUUGUAUCAAUAUGUUUUGACCAUGACAUUUUACAAUCCAGGGUUACUCCAAGCAGUUUAGUCACCUCCACUUGCUCAAUUUCCACAUUAUUCAUUACGAGAUGUAGUUGAGGUUUAGGGUUUAGCGAAUGAUUUGACCCAAAUACAGUGCAUUUCGUUUUGGAAAUAUUUAGGACUAACUUAUUCCUUGCCACCCAUUCCGAAACUAACAGUAACUCAUUGUUAACUGUUGCAGUUAUUUCAGUUGCUGUAGCAGCUGACGUGUAUAGUGUUGAGUCAUCCGCAUACAUAGACACACUGGCUUUACUCAAAGCAUGUCGUUAGUAAAGAUGGAAAAAAGUAACAGGUCUAAACAGCUGCCCUGGGUAAUUCCUGAUUCUACCUGGAUUAAGUUUGAGAGGCUUCCAUUAAAGAACACCCUCUGUGUUCUGUUAGACAGGUAACUCUUCAUUCACAUAAUAGCAGGGCGUGUAAAGCCAUAACACAUUCAUUUUCCCAGCAGCAGACUAUGAUCGAUAAUGUCAAAAGCCGCACUGAAGUCUAACAAAACAGCCCCCACAAUCUUUUUAUCAUCAAUUUCUCUCAUCCAAUCAUCAGUCAUUUGUGUAAGUGCUGUGCUUGUUGAAUGUCCUUCUCUAUAAGGAUGCUGAAAGUUUGUUGUCAAUUUGUUUACUGUAAAAUAGCAUUGUAUCUGGUCAAACACCAUUUUCCAUUAGUUUACUAAGGGUUGGUGACAGGCUAAUUGGUCGGCUAUUUGAGCCAUUAAAGAGGGCAUUACUAUUCUUAGGUAGCGGAAUGACUUUUGCUUCCCUGCAAUCCUUUGGGCACAUACAUUCUAGUAGGCUUAAAUUGAAAAUAUGGCAAAUAGGAGUGGCAGUAUCUUCCGCUAUUAUUCUCAGUAAUUUUUCAUCCAAGUUGUCAGACCCCGGUGGCUUGUCAUUGUUAAUAGACAAUAAUAAUUUGUUCACCUCUUCCACACUCACUUCACGGAAUUCAAAAUUACAAUGCUUGUCUUUCAUAAUUUGGUGAGAUAUACUUGGAUGUGUAGUGUCAGCAAUUGUUUACUAGCAUGUCAUGCCUAAGUUUGCUAAUCUUGCCAAUGAAAAAACGAUUUAAAUAGUUGGCAAUAUCAGUUGUUUUUUUUGAUGAAUGAGCCAUCUGAUUCAAUGAAUGAUGGAGCUGAUUUAGUCUUUUUUCCCAACAUUUAAUUUAAGGUGCUCCAAAGCUUUUUAUUAACAUUCUUUAUGUCAUUUAUCCUUGUUUCAUAGUGUUGUUUUGUCUUCUUUUUAUUCAGUUUAGUCACAUGAUUUCUCAAUUUGCAAUACGUUUGCAAAUCGGUUGUGCAGCCAGACUUAUUUUGCCUUUCCUUUUUCCUCAUCUCUGUCAACCAUACUAUUUUUCAAUUCCUCAUCAAUCCACAGGGGAUUUAACUGUUUUUACAGUCAUUGUCUUAAUGGGUGCAUGCUUAUUAGUAACUGGAAUAAGCAAUUUAAUAAAUGUAUCAAGUGCAGAGUCUGUUUGCUCCUCAUUACACACCACGGACAAACAUAUAUUCUUUACAUUAACAACAUAGGAAUCACUACAAAUCCUGUUGUAUGACCUCUUAUACACAAUAUUAGUCCCAGCCUUUGGAACUUUGGUUUUCCUAGAUAUGGCUACUAUAUUGUGAUCACUACAUCCAUGGAUUUCGACACUGAUUUCAAACAAAUCUCUGCAGCAUUUGUAAAGGUAAAGAAAAUAUGUGAUCAAUACAUGAUGAUUUCAUUCCUGUGCUGUUUGUAACUACCCUGGUAGGUUCACUGAUAACCUGAACCAGGUUGCAGGCACUGGUUACAGUUUGAAGCUUUCUCUUGAGUGGGCAGCCUGAUGAAAGCCAGUCAAUAUUUAAAUCACCCAGAAAGUAUACCUCUCUAUUGAUAUCACAUACAUUUCCAAGCAUUUCACACAUGUUAUCCAGAUACUGACUGUUAGCACUUGGUGGUCUAUAGCAGCUUCCCACCAGAAUUGGGUUUAGGUGAGGCAGAUGAACCUGUAGCCAUAUUACUUCAACAUUAUUUAACAUGAGAUCCUCUCUAAUCUUCACAGGAAUGUGGUUCUGAUUAUAAACAGCAACACCUCCACCAUUGGCAUUUCUAUCUUUGUUAUAAAUGUUAUAACCUUGUAUUGGUACUCUGUAUCAUCAAAGGUAUUAUCUAAGUGAGUUUCAGAGAUAGUCAGAAUAUGAAUGUCAUCAGUUACCAGCAAAUUACUGAUUUCAUGAACUUUGUUUCUUAAGCUACAUAUGUUAACGUGGGCUAUUAACUUGAGCACUUUUCUUCUGGGAUGCUUACUUGUUUUUAUUGCUUUACUGGGAAGCUUAACAGCAGUAGAUGUGGUCAUGUUCUUUAUGUUAGUGCAGGGUGAGGUGCAGACAGUGGCCUUCCUCUUUGGGCACACCGGCUCAGUGCUAACGGUAUAAACCUGGUUCUUAAGCACAUGAUUACUGCAUACAAUAGCUGUAGAAUCAGCAGAGGCAUUCAGGGCAGUUAGAGGGACAUAAUUUAGUUUACUUAUAUUGUGUCUACCGAUGCUCCUGGUGUAAUGUACAUUUGCUGAACCAUUUUGACAACUCUGCAUCACAAUGUUAGGGAUUAGCAGAGCUGGGCUUGGGUCACUGCUAAGUCAUUGUCUCAACGCAGCCUUAUAAUGCUGUGUAAGGAUCCAGGAACCCAAAUUAUUUGGGUGGAUCCCAUCCUCCUUAAAAAACGUGUUUUGUUUCCAAAAGGUAUUGAAAUUGUUAACAAAAGUUACACCCAUUGAGCUGCAAUAAUCACGUAGCCAGUUGUGAAGAGCAAGAAUCCUGCUAAUGCAUUCCAUACCAUGAUUCAGAGAGGGCACAGGGCCAGAUAUGAUGAGUUUUGUGUUAGUGUCUAACAGAGAGUCAAUCAGUUCUUUAAAAUCCAGUUUCAACUGUUCAGAGCUGCCCUUCAUAAUGUCAUUAAAACCCACAUGGACUACGAUGUAAUCGAUUUCUAUGUCCUGACUUAGUACAUUCGGGAGUAGCUUAGUAAUGUCAUUUACUUGAGCUCCGGGAUAGGACAUUGUUUUUGCACCAGAAACGGUCACAUUUCUUACCAUGGAGCUGCCCAAAAUCACAGCUGGCGAGAAAGACGAGGAAAUCCACCCACUCCCACGCUUCACAGGAUGCAGGCCUCCGACAGAUGGAGAAGCCCUGUUCGAUCCAGAGCAGGGUGGAAGGUUGCCGACGUCGACUUUGAAAUCGUAGUAGUAGGCACUGCAGCCGCAGACACAGGCACCCCAGCGAUGAAGGUGCAGGAAGAUCAAGCUCCAGGAUGGCGAAACUAUUUGUUGUUUGUGUCCGUUUCGGGCCUCUCGUUGGGAGUGUAGACUGCUAUGUGGGAGUUUGCUGUCUUCGGCUUCCACGGCUCGUGACAUCCGACCAUCGUUGAUUGCCUUUCUCCUCAUGCUGUGCUCCUUCAACGGUGCUAUCAAAUGGGGGAGCUCCGGGCAACACUGGCCAGUCGGAUAACGACUAACGACAAGGCUGAGAUGCAUCCAACAAGCGCGAACGCCAUCCAGCCACCGGUGUAGAAAAUGUAAACAUUCCACUCUGCGUUUUCCCCAGUUUCUUACGUAGGCUGGCGACCUGCAUGAUCAAGGAAGCCACCUCAAGCCUAUAAUCCUCGGCAAGUAAACAAUUGCCGCAUUGGAACUCUGAGUGAUCCGGUUUGUCCCUAAACAAACCAUAAUAGAUACAGCUCCAACAGCGCUGGAACCGUUCAUUUAGAGUGCCUUGCAAAAGUAUUCAUCCCCCUUUAAGUUUUUCCUAUUUUGUUGCAUUACAACCUGUAAUUUAAAUGGAUUGUUAUUUGUAUUUCAUGUAAUGGACAUACACAAAAUAGUCCAAAUUGGUGAAAUGAAAUGAUACAAAUAACUUGUUUCAAAAAAGUCUAUACAAAUAAAUAACGUAAAUGUGGUGCGUGCAUAUGUAUUCACCCCCUUUGCUAUGAAGCCUCUAAAUAAGAUCUGGUGCAACCAAUUACCUUAAGAAGUCACAUAAUAAGUUAAAUAAAGUCCACCUGUGUGCAAUCUAAGUGUUACAUAGUCUCAGUGUAUAUAUACACCUGUUCUGAAAGGCCCCAGAGUCUGCAACACCAAUAAGCAAGGGGCACCACCAAGCAAGCGGCACCAUGAAGACCAAGGAGCUCUCCAAACAGGUCAUGGACAAAGUUUUGGAGAAGUACAGAUCAGGGUUGGGUUAUAAAAAAUAUCAGAAACUUUGAACAUCCCACAGAGCACCAUUAAAUCCAUUAUAAAAAAAUUGAAAGAAUAUGACACCACAACAAACCUGCCAAGAGUGGGCCGCCCACCAAAACUCACGGACCAGGCAAGGAGGGCAUUAAUCAGAGAGGCAACAAAGAGACCAAAGAUAACCCUGAAGGAGCUGGAAAUCUCCACAGUGGAGAUUGGAGUAUCUGUCCAUAGGACCACUUUAAGCCGUACACUUCACAGAGCUGGGCUUUACGGAAGAGUGGCCAGAAAAAAGCCAUUGCUUAAAGAAAAAAAUAAGCAAACACGUUUGGUGUUCGCUAAAAGGCAUGUGGGAGACUCCCCAAACAUAUGGGAGAAGGGACUUUGGUCAGAUGAAACUCAAAUUGAGCUUUUUGACCAUCAAGGAAAACGCAAUGUCUGGCGCAAACCCAACACCUCUCAUCACCCCGAGAACAACAUCCCCACAGGGAAGCAUGGUGGUGGCAGCAUCGUGCUGUGGGGAUGUUUUUCAUCGGCAGGGACUGGGAAAUUGGUCAGAAUUGAAGGAAUGAUGGAUGGCGCUAAAUACAGGGAAAUUCUUGAGUGAAACCUGUUUCUGUCUUCCAGAGAUUUGAGACUUCCAGCAGGACAAUGACCCUAAGCAUACUGCUAAAGCAACACUUGAGUGGUUUAAGGGGAAACAUUUAAAUGUCUUGGAAUGGCCUAGUCAAAGACCAGACCUCAAUCCAAUUGAGAAUCUGUGGUAUGAUUGCUGUACACCAGCGGAACCCAUCCAACUUGAAGGAGCUGGAGCAGUUUUGCCUUGAAGAAUGGGCAAAAAUCCCAGUGGCUAGAUGUGCCAAGCUUAUAGAGACAUACCCCAAGAGACUUGCAGCUGUAAUUGCUGCAAAAGAUGGCUCUACAAAGUUUUUUUUGGGGGGGUGAAUACUUAUGCACGCUCAAGUUUUCUGUUUUUCAGUCUUAUUUCUUGUUUGUUUCACAAUAACAAAUAUUUUGCAUCUUCAAAGUGGUAGGCAUGUUGUGGAAAUCUAAUGAUACAAACUCCCAAAAAAUCAAUUUUAAUUCCAGGCUGUAAGGCAACAAAAUAGCGGUCCUAGCUGAUGAAAGCUAACUGCGUCGUGGAAUCCACGCAAAAACAAGUUCUGUAUUCGUAUUUAUGAAUAGGGGGGGACUAAUGACAGUCAGCUUGUAGGGCAGGGCAAACAGACUCCUGGAAGAUGGACAUGUCAAGGGAGUUGAUGUUUCUAAAUUUAAUAGUGCGCUUGGGGUGGAGCUGGAGUGCAGAAGUACUCACAGACAUUGUCAUGGACCUAUGGUCAGAUACCAUAGGUAUCAUGAGGUAAUCACCUCAUACAAGUACUUGGGCGUAUGGCUAGACGGUACACUGUCCUACUCUCAGCACAUAUCAAAGCUGCAGGCUAAGGUUAAAUCUAGACUUGGUUUCCUCUAUUGUAAUAACUCCUCUUUCACCCCAGCUGCCAAACUAACCCUAAUUCAAAUGACCAUCCUACCCAUGCUAGAUUACGGAGACAUAAUUUAUAGAUGGCAGGUAAGGUUGCUCUCGAGCGGCUAGAUGUUCUUUACCAUUUGGCCAAUAGAUUUGCCACCAAUGCUCCUUAUAGGACACAUCACUGCACUCUAUACUCCUCUGUAAACUGGUCAUUUCUUUAUACCUGUCACAAGACCCACUGGUUGAUGCUUAUAUAUAAAUCCCUCUUAGGCCUCACCCCCACCUAUCUGAGAUACCUACUGCAGCCCUCAUUCUCCACAUACAACACCCGUUCUGCCAGUCACAUUCUGUUAAAGGUCCCCAAAGCACACACAUCCCUGGUAGCUCCUCUUUUCAGUUUGCUGCAGCUAGCGACUGGAACGAGAUGCAAAAAACACUAAAACUGGACAGUUUUAUCUCCAUCUCUUCAUUCAAAGACUCAAUCAUGGACACUCUUACUGACAGUUUUGGCUGCUUAUCGUGAUGUAUUGUUGUCUCUACCUUCUUGCCCUUGGUGCAGUUGUCUGUGCCCAAUAAUGUUUGUACCAUGUGUUGUGCCGCUACCAUGUUGUGCUGCUGCCAUGUUGUGUUCCUACCAUGUUGUUGUCAUGUUGUGUUGCUACCAUGCUGUGUUGUCAUGUGUUGCUGCCAUGCUAUGUUGUUGUCUUAGGUCCCUCUUUAUAUGGUGUUAUGUUUGUUUUAGGGGGGCGAAAGAUGAGAAUCACAGUGAGAGGACUGGGAGACAGGCCUAGAUUCAAUCAGAUCAAAUGUUAAGCGCCGAUAGCAAACACCCGCAUAGCGGAUGUUUUGGUGGUGUCUGAGGUGGAACUGCGUUGGAGCGUCAAAUUACUGAGCUGCUGCUCUUGCGAUCAUUAUCACAAAGCCACACCACUCUCGUUAGAUAUUCAGACCGAGAACGUGUAGGCAAUUACGCUCAAAUAGAAAAAUCAUUAAACUAAAUAAUGAGGAUUUCUAUCAUCCAAAUCGAGGUGUGUAGAUUACAUCUCACAUUCCAGUGUUUGAACUUCUAAACAAGGCUGCAUGGGAUUUCUGUUAAUGUGACUCUGUGCAACCAAUGGCAAUAUCCGCUUUAGGUAUAAUGCCGGGAGUCACUUGUGGAUUUGACAUCUCUAAUGCAGUUCCACUUCUGACACAGCCAAAACAAACGCUAUGCUGAUAUCGGCUAAAGAGGAUCUGAUUGACUAGAGCACUUAAUUUUAAAAGCCAUGUACUAAAAAUGAUAAGCCAGCAGGGACAGGCAAAAUGUGUAUAUCCAUGUCCAUGAGUUUCUAGACAUUUUACUCUUACCCAGAGCGACUUGCAGGAGCAAUUAGGGUUAAGUGCCUUGCUCAAGGUUAUUUAUCUCCAGAUUUGUCACGUAGUUUGCUCGGGGAUUCAAACCUGCGACCUUUCGGUUACUGGCCCAAUGCUCUUAACCGCUAGGCUACCUGACCAUGUGGUUCCAGAGAAAAUAGCUUAAUUAAUUAAAAAAAGCAUCAAUUAAAUUAUUUUCAAUCAACUCUGCAACUGUUCCAACUAUUGUCUUUUUUCACAACUGCCACCAGUUUGGGCCCAAAACAUUUACAACAAAGACAAAUUGACAUAGUAAAGUAAAUGUGUGUAAAACAAUAUAUAUAAAUGAUAUUUCAUGCUGCAACCCACAUAUUGAAGUUGAAUGUUUAUAUUUAGGAUUAUGUUUUAUACUUUUGUCAUUCAAUUUUUAUUAUAAAAUCAUGUUAUUUGAUUUAUUUAAAUAAACAGUAUGCAUACAAAAGUAUGUGGACACCCCUUCAAAUUAGUGGAUUCGGCUAUUUCAGCCACACCCGUUGCUGACAGGUGUAUAAAAUUGAGCACACCGCCAUGCAAUCUCCAUAGUCAAACAUUGGCAGUAGAAUGGCCUUAUUGAAGAGCUCACUGACUUUCAAUGUGGCACUGCCAUAGGAUGCCACCUUUCCAACAAGUCAGUUCAUCAAAUAUCUGCCCUGCUAGAGCUGCCCCAGUCCACUGUAAGUGCUGUUAUUGUGAAGUGGAAACGUCUAGGAGCAACAACGGCUCAGCCGCGUAGUGGUAGGCCAUACAAGCUCACAGACUGGGACCGCUGAGUGCUGAAGCAAGUAGCGCAUAAAAUUAGUCUGUCCUCGGUUGCAACACUCACUACCGAAUUUCAAACUGCCUCUGGAAGUAACGUCAGCACAAGAACUGUUCGAGGGAACUUCAUGAGUCGAGCAGCCGCACACAAGUCUAAGAUCACCAUAUGCAAUGCCAAGUGUCAGCUGGAGUGGUGUAAAGCUCGCCGCCAUUGGACUCUGGAGCAGUGGAAACGCGUUCUCUGGAGUGAUGAAUCACUCUUCACCAUCUGGUAGUCCGACGGACAAAUCUGGGUUCGGCGGAUGCCAGGAGAACGCUACCUGCCCGAAUGCAUAGUGCCAACUGUAAAGUUUGGUGGAGGAGGAAUAAUGGUCUGGGGCUGUUUUUAUGGUUCGGGCUAGGCCCCUUUGUUCCAGUGAAGGGAAAUCUUAACGCUACAGCAUACAAUGACGGUCUAUGCAAUUCUGUGCUUCCAACUUUGUGGCAACCAUUUGGGGAAGGCCCUUUCCUGUUACAGCAAUGUUCCAAUAUCUAGUGGAAAGCUUUCCCAGAAGUGUGGAGGCUGUUAUAGCAGCAAAGGGGGGACCAACUCCAUAUUAAUGCCAAUGAUUUUGGAAUGAGAUGUUUGACGAUCAGGUGUCCAAAUACUUUCGAUCAUGUAGUGUAUAUUACAUGUGAUGAGGCCACACAGAGGCCCAGCGAUAAUCUGAAGUACCCAAAAAGGCCACUAGAUAUCAUCUGAAAACAUUCCAUAUAUUCCUUGAAAGUUACCAAAAUUAUGGUAGUUUACUGGUAAACUUCGAAGCCACCCUAUUCCCAGGUCAUUUGGACUAUAAAUUGUGCGUUCCUGUAUUAUUCUCAUGCUAAAAUGUUUAUUAUAUUCUACUGAGGCAUUUACUUUAUGUACAUAUUUUUAUAUUUUAUUAUUUCUUAUUGUUGUUGUAUUGUCGAAAAGGAACCUGCAAGUAAGCAUUUCGUUGGACGGUGUAUACCAUGUGUAUCCUGUAUACGACUAAUAAAACGUGAAACUUGUCAUUGAUGAACUCUUGGAUUAGUAGAGUCUUGUUUGUUGGAGACUGUUCAUUAAACAGUGCCAGUCUUAAAGGGGCCUGAGUGAGAGGCGGAAAAUGUACUUUUUUAACUGGCUGCAGAGAGUCAGAAACUGCAUAGAGGGAGAAGAGAGGGAGACGUACAGUUCUGUGUGAAAUCUUUUGACUCAUGAAUGGAUUUCCUACCUCCUCAAUGUUUGAGCUUUUUCUGUAGAAUUCAAAUUUGAAGAAGUCAUUUUUUCAGCUACUUACUCAGGGUUUGUUUUAUACUCUUAAAACUAUGAAGGAAUCCUCCUGAGUAAAAGAUGCGAGUGUCCCCCAUUCCUGUACUCUGUAGUCCUUUGUAGUCCUCCAGGAGAAAAUUGGUAAAACUCUUGAUUAGCUACUCAAGCAUGCGUAAGAUAUUGCCAGCAGCAAGAUUUGACUUCGAUUUCUAGAAAGACAAUUGCUGUAGCUUACAAAUGGUAUGUAAUAAAACAUAUUUAACCGUAAUUGACAGGUUGGAUACCGGGUCCACAAAAAUAGACAGAGUUUAAAAGGGAGCAUCAGGUACUUCUUGAAUGUCUACCAAUGACAUGUCCAUCUUUUUGUGAGAUAUUACACUGGUCACUCAAGACAUUUAUAAAGUAUUUUUUAAGUAUAAAUAGAUUAGGGACUACAAAAAUACUUUACUAAUGAUUAGACAUUAAACAUCUCAUGAAUGAUCUUAUGAAUCAUUAGUAAUACAUCAUUUAAAAGUUAAUAAAAUGUAUUAACUACCUUACUAACAUUUACAAAUGUGGGAGUAAAUGAUUAAUUAAUGGUGAGCAAACUGUUUGUAAAUGCCUUAUAAAUGGUUUAGUACUGAACAGUAUUAUAAAGUGUUACCUGAGAAGAUGUUAUUUUAACUGAGUUAAAGAUGCAUUCCGGAAUCUUAAGCACUUACAAAUUCGUAACAUAGUAUACGAAUUGGAAUUCAUAUCUCAUACAAAUUGCAAAAUAUUGUAAAAAAAAAAAAAAAGCAGGACUUAAUAUACUGUAUCAUAGGAAAUGGAUGAGGUAGUACACAAUGUUUUGGCUAGUGAGCAUUACUUUCAAAAUUAAAGGCUGAAAUUAUACAACUCUGUAGCAUCACUUAAAUAGUGGUCACACGAAUGGUCAGCGGAUUCGCUGUAAAUGAUUCUGGCAUGCUUGAAUAUGUUAUACAAGUACAGGCAUGUGGAAGGGCCUGACCUGUACCAAUAUUUGCCCUGUCUCUCUCUCUCGCAUGUAUUUCUCUCCUCUCACUUCUUGUAUCCUCCCCCCUUCUCUGUCUCACUCUCUCCCCUCAUCGGUUUGUAUGUCUUUGUCUUUCCUUCUCCCUCUUUCAACUCCCCUCUAUCUCUCACACUCUGUUGCUCACACUCACUUGCUUGCUUUCUGGCUCGCUUGCUCACUCACGCACUCUCUUUCUCUUACUUUCUCCACCGCUAUAGAAAAGCUCUCGGUAGAGGCCAAGCCUCCAUGGUUCAAACAGGCCAUCGAGUUGGAGGAGGACACAACUGUGUCUGAAGAGCCCACGUAAGUGCCAAGGCCUCCAGGGGCCCAUUACUGCUAACAGUGUUCUUUGGUCCAGAUCUUGGAGACGCACAGGAUUGCAAGCUUUUGUUCCAGCUCAACUGUUCAAUGAUACACGUUUAUUCAGUACAAGGCGAUUAGUUUGUAAUGACUGGAGGUGUUCUCUCAACACUGUAGGGUGUACAUCUGUAUUUGCAUAUUUCCCAGCAUGCCUUUCAAGUGAAUGUGAGUGAUACCCACCCAUGACUGUGUUUGUUAGUGACAGAGAUAUGGUUGUUAAUUUCAGUAACCUAUUAUCUUGAAGCUUUCACCAAAUAACUGCAUUAGUGAAUGGUUUGCAUGUCUUUGUCACACUGCAAGUUAAUGUAAAUGAACUCAACAAAGUUGCGUAAAACCAAGACCACGUGAUUGAAAAAAUGAAUUUGUUGCUGCAAACUUCCCGCAAGUUUGUGGCAAAUUUGCUGCAGCAUAUGGGCCGUGCUGGGCUAGACCGUGUUGUGCUGAUGUAGGAUUACUGUGGGCUAGCCUGUGCUCAUUAUGUGAGCAGGUUACAACCGGUGUUCCUCUCAAAAGCGGAUCUCAGUUGAAACCAUCACAGGUGUCCAGGCCAUGUGGUAAUAUAUUGAGAAGAAGGCACGGUUACAGUACGAUGUCUCCUGAUGCAGAACACAAAACAGGGAAGAUUUACAAUAGGAAAUAUCUGUUUCACAAAUGUAACGUUGGUCUGUUGGGGGAGCCAAGAGAGAGCCAGGCCCUGAUACAGUUUGUCUGCAAUAGGCUCCCGAUCCAAUGGCUGUGAUUUACCUGGAGGUUACACCAAGGUAGACUAGGGGCCUUUCCGUUGCCAUGAAGUCCGCUGUAAGUUUCAUUCCAACAGCAAUCCGGCUGCUGAACAGUGGGACAUAGGACAAAUGUAGGCCCAAUACAUGGUCGACAGUAGGCCACAGAGACUGUGGAUAAGUGUGCACUAACUCCUAACUUUCAAGUUUUUUCUGUACUGUGUAUUAUUAUUGUAUUGUUUUUGUGUAUUUGUAUACUGACUUCACAAAAUGAAUUUCAAUGUAAAUGGGCAAUAAAGUAUAUUGUAUCGUAUUGUAGGUCUGGUCAUGUCGACAGCCCUUUUUUCGGGCAAAGCCUGCCUAGACAGCAGUAGUUCUGUAGAUGUUUAUAUUUCUCAACAAUAUGAGGUUUAAUUCACUUCCAACCCACCAGUGUUUGUAAGUAAUUGAGAGAUCUCGUCCCCUUUUGCAGUUGGAACACAUUUGUCAAGGCUGGUAACAACCAACGACUCCAGUAUCAAUCACUUGAAUAAUUCCUUGAUCAACUUCUGCAUUGAAAAUCAAUUUUGGCUGCUACCUUGAUCUACCUUUCACAUGGCACAGUAUGUAUCCAAUUUUAAUAAGACUGUAUAGGAGCGAGAGUAUAAUCUUUUUUUCUAAAGUAGUGCAUAAAAUCUUCUAAUGUUCUUGACUAAAGGCCAUGAGUAACUUGGUUAUAAGCAGUCUCACUUAAACCCUAAUUUAUGCUGCCCCGUUUGAGCUAGAGACUUGAAACUUUGUAUGUAGGUGUCUCUACUCAUGCUAAACACAUUUACCUCAAGCACCCAUAAGAUCCGUCAUGAUAGAUUUUCCUCCAUCUUGCACAUUUUGGAAAACCUUUGAAAAACGUAUUAUGAAUCAUAAGUCCAAAUAUCACCAAAUUCGUUAUGUAGGCCCAUGGUACAUCUCUUAACUUAGUUUGCGAAAAGCUAGUUGGUUAAGAGAUGGCUGGGUUAUUGAUCAAUCAGGAAAUCUGAUUUUACGUUCCAUUUAAAUCCUUUGUUAAUCCACUUCACAAUGGCCUAUCAACUUGGAACUUUUUAGGGUCAUCAAAGACCCUAUACAGCGCAUUUGGAAAGUAUUCAGACCCUUUGACCUUUUCCACAUUUUGUUAUGUUGCAGCCUUAUUCUAAAAUGGAUAAAAGUAUUUUCCACCUCAUCAAUCUACACACAAUACCCCAGAAUGACAAAGCGAAAACAGGUUUUUAGACAUUUUUGCAAAUGUAAUAAAAAUCAAAAACAAAAAUACCUUAUAUACAUAAGUAUUCAGACCCUUUGCUAUGAGACUCGAAAUUGAACUCCGGUGCAUCCUGUUUACAUUGAUCAUCCUUGAGAUGUUUCUACAACUUGAUUGGAGUCCACCUGUGGUAAAUUCAAUUGAUUGGACAUGAUUUGGAAAUGCACACACCUGUCUAUAUAAGGUCCCACAGUUGACAGUGCAUGUCAGAGCAACAACCAAGCCAUGAGGUCGAAGGAAUUGUCCGUAGAGCUCAGAGACAGGAUUGUGUCAAGGCACAGAUCUGGGGAAGGGUACCUAAACAUUUCUGCAGCAUUGAAGGUCCCCAAGUACACAGUGGCCUCCAUCAUUCUUAAAUGGAAGAAGUUUGGAACCACCAAGACUCUUCCUAGAGCUGGCCGCCCGGCCAAACUGAGCAAUCGGGGGAUAAGGGCCUUGGUCAGGGAGGUGACCAGGAACCCGAUGGUCAAUCUGACUGCGCUCCAGAGUUCCUCUGUAGAGAUGGGAGAAUCUUCCAGAAGAACAGCCAUCUCUGCAGCACUCCACCAAUCAGGCUUUUAUUGUAGAGUGGCCAGACGGAGGCCACUCCUCAGUAAAAGGCAUAUGACAGCGCGCUUGGAGUUUGCCAAAAGGCACCUAAAGACUCUCAGACCAUGAGAAACAAUAUUCUCUGGUCUGAUGAAACCAAGAUUGAACUCUUUGGCCUGAAUACCAAGCGUCACGUCUGGAGGAAACUUGGCACCAUCCCUACGGCGAAACAUGGUUGUGGCAGCGUCAUGCAGUGGGGAUGUUUUUCAGCGGCAGGAACUGGGAGAAUAGUCAGGAUCGAGGGAAAGAUGAAUGGAGCAAAGUACAGAGUGAUCCUUGAUGAAAACCUGCUACAGAGCACUCAGGACCUCAGACUGGGACGAAGGUUCACCUUCCAACAGGACAAUGACCCUAAGCACACAGCCAAGACAACGCAGGAGUGGCAUCCGGACAAGUCUCUGAAUGUCCUUGAGUGGCCCAGCCAGCGCCCGGACUUGAACCCGAUCAAACAUCUCUGGAGAGACCUGAAAAUACCUGUGCAGCGACGGUCCCCAUCCAUCCUGACAGAGGUUGAGAGGAUCUGCAGAGCGGAAUGAGAGAAACUCCCCAAAUACAGGUGUGCCAAGCUUGUAGCGUCAUACCCAAGAAGACUCGAGGCUGUAAUCGCUGCCUCAGAUGCUUCAACAAAGUACUGAUAAAUUAAAUUAGCUAUAAUUUCAAAAAAACAGUUUUUGCUUUAUCAAGGACGCACCCCUUAGCAGCCAAAAACAAUUUAAUCUGUUUAGGCUGUAAUGUAACAAAAUGUGGUCUGAAUACUUUCCAAAUGCACUAUAUAUAAGGGAUAAGAAAUUAUGCAAUUAAAAUUAUUUCAUUCUAUCUGCUAAAUAGAUAGCUGAUCUAUCCCCUUAAAAACUUAAAAGGACAUUACCAUGAUGAACCAUGUUAACUCUAGAACCACCUGGCCUUUCAGCCUAUAAGUAUCCGCUAGAGAACUUUGUCCCCUUUAGCAAAUGCAUCAGAUGCAUAUCAACCCGCAAGAUGUGCAAACAUAAGCACCAACAUAAGCACCAAUGCUUGCUAAAUAGCGCAUAAACGAUUGUAAAGGAUUAAUUGCAUAAAUAAUUAUUUGUGGAAAUAAAUCAAUUCAAAUAAAUAACAACAAUAGUUAUUUGUUUAGUUAGAGUAAAAUAUAUGUUUUAGAAGGUAAGUCCUAGAAAAAACUUAGGCCUAUAGACUAUUUUCGGAUUACUGUGUAAUCCAUUUGAUCAACUUUAUUUGUAGAUUCGAUUAGUAAUAGAGUUAUAGUAAUGAAUAAAGUCCAGUUAUAGCUUCUUUUGACAAAGCAGGAAGGAAAAAGAUAAGAAUAUAACCAGCCAGGUGAACAGGUGAAAUUAUUCCGAAACAAAGGCACCAGUGCAUGAACAAUUGCAAAGGAUGAAUUGCAUAAAUACAGUGGGGGGGGAAAAGUAUUUAGUCAGCCACCAAUUGUGCAAGUUCUCCCACUUAAAAAGAUGAGAGAGGCCUGUAAUUUUCAUCAUAGGUACACCUCAACUAUGACAGAAAAAAUGAGGAAAAUAAAUCCAGAAAAUCACAUUGUAGGAUUUUUUAUGAAUUUAUUUGCAAAUUAUGGUGGAAAAUAAGUAUUUGGUCAAUAACAAAAGUUUCUCAAUACUUUGUUAUAUACCCUUUGUUGGCAAUGACACAGGUCAAACGUUUUCUGUAAGUCUUCACAAGGUUUUCACACACUGUUGCUGGUAUUUUGGCCCAUUCCUCCAUGCAGAUCUCCUCUAGAGCAGUGAUGUUUUGGGGCUGUCGCUGGGCAACACGGACUUUCAACUCCCUCCAAAGAUUUCCUAUGGGGUUGAGAUCUGGAGACUGGCUAGGCCACUCCAGGACCUUGAAAUGCUUCUUACGAAGCCACUCCUUCGUUGCCCGGGCGGUGUGUUUGGGAUCAUUGUCAUGCUGAAAGACCCAGCCACGUUUCAUCUUCAAUGCCCUUGCUGAUGGAAGGAGGUUUUCACUCAAAAUCUCACGAUACAUGGCCCCAUUCAUUCUUUCCUUUACACGGAUCAGUCGUCUUGGUCCCUUUGCAGAAAAACAGCCCCAAAGCAUGAUGUUUCCACCCCAAUGCUUCACAGUAGGUAUGGUGUUCUUUGGAUGCAACUCAGCAUUCUUUGUCCUCCAAACACGACGAGUUGAGUUUUUACCAAAAAGUUAUAUUUUGGUUUCAUCUGACCAUAUGACAUUCUCCCAAUCCUCUUCUGGAUCAUCCAAAUGCACUCUAGCAAACUUCAGACGGGCCUGGACAUGUACUGGCUUAAGCAGGGGGACACGUCUGGCACUGCAGGAUUUGAGUCCCUGGCGGCGUAGUGUGUUACUGAUGGUAGGCUUUGUUACUUUGGUCCCAGCUCUCUGCAGGUCAUUCACUAGGUCCCCCCGUGUGGUUCUGGGAUUUUUGCUCACCGUUCUUGUGAUCAUUUUGACCCCACGGCGUGAGAUCUUGCGUGGAGCCCCAGAUCGAGGGAGAUUAUCAGUGGUCUUGUAUGUCUUCCAUUUCCUAAUAAUUGCUCCCACAGUUGAUUUCUUCAAACCAAGCUGCUUACCUAUUGCAGAUUCAGUCUUCCCAGCCUGGUGCAGGUCUACAAUUUUGUUUCUGGUGUCCUUUGACAGCUCUUUGGUCUUGGCCAUAGUGGAGUUUGGAGUGUGACUGUUUGAGGUUGUGGACAGGUGUCUUUUAUACUGAUAACAAGUUCAAACAGGUGCCAUUAAUACAGGUAACGAGUGGAGGACAGAGGAGCCUCUUAAAGAAGAAGUUACAGAUCUGUGAGAGCCAGAAAUCUUGCUUGUUUGUAGGUGACCAAAUACUUAUUUUCCACCAUCAUUUGCAAAUAAAUUCAUUAAAAAUCCUACAAUGUGAUUUUCUAGAUAAUUUUUUCUCAAUUUGUCUGUCAUAGUUGACGUGUACCUAUGAUGAAAAUUACAGGCCUCUCUCAUCUUUUUAAGUGGGAGAACUUGCACAAUUGGUGGCUGACUAAAUACUUUUUUUCCCCACUGUACAUAUUUGUGGAAAUAUAUUCAUGACAAGAUAUAAAAAACGUAAUUUUCUUGAUUGUAUCAGACAAUGUGUUGUGCCCUUAUACGCAUCCCAUUACACAUGAAUCAAUCUCGUCUUCUCUUUAUGCGUCGGUUCCACAGUCAGCUCACAGCUUCAGGGCUUUGUGUGAGCAUGCCCCACAAACAAAUCGGUUGCGCUGCACACAGUUUUCAUUGGCUUUGUUCCGUGGGUACCUGCCGCAGGUGUCGCAUAAUCUCUGUGAAGCAAUUGCAUGGCAUGGUCUCUCGAAAAAGUCCACCCCAUACCUAUCAGACCAAAAUGACUCCACAUUCAUUCUCUUUCUGCCGUAUGCCCCGCGGACAUACAAGAGUGCAAUAACUGCUUUGAGUUCAUCCAUGUCUCACCGUGGCAGUUGGGAUCCCCGUCUCAGUUGGCUCUGUUCUGUUUUUUCUGCUGCGAGGCUCAGGCAUCGGAGGCGGAGGCACGAAGUCAACAUCAGAAUCAGAUGAAGAUUCAUCAGCCAGGUCGAUUUCAAGCUCAAUAUCCGAUCCUCCAUCCUUCUCCAACUCAUCUAAAUUCUGCAGCAUUUGCAAUGCUGUUAGUGCGUCCAUUCCUUUGCUUGGGGUUGCCAUUGUGAACUACACACAUUGUAUAUUGUACUCAGUGUCUGAUUUGACUCUCCGAGGGGAAAUUCUAUACCAUUUCCAGCCUUAAAUUGUAGGCGGUCUAAUAAAUUAUUAGACCGCCUACAACGCCCACAAUUCUUCAUCAUCAUUACACUAUUGUUCUAAAUUCAAUCAUCCUCUUCACCUUCAUCAUUCAGAUCAAUCAAAUUCAAUCACCCUCUUCACCCUCCUCAUCAUUCAGUUCAUUGAAGACACAUGCACCAUUAUCAGUUUCUAUCUGGUUUCUAUCGCCCAUUCAUCCAUUGACGACAGAAUAGCACAUUUAUUAUGUUGCUUGUUUUUGUUUAGUAGCCAGAGCAAUUCUGCCGCGCGAGUGGUCAUGUGCACGGAUAGUUUUGGAAAAAGUGAAAUUAUAAAAUAGAGCUGCACCUCUUGAAUUUUGAGAGUUAUCUGACAAAGGUAAGUGUUAAAGAAACUACGGAAUAUGCUCUAUCUGAUACUAUAUAGAAAUCAACAUGUUUUAGAUGCAUGUGACUCUGAAGGAGAAUUUGAUAAAGUGAUGCUCCUUUCCCUGUAUCUGUCAAUUACAAGAUGUGCCCAUCUCUUCAUGUACAAUUUGACAAUUUAUAGGCCUAAUAUUGUCACUCAUCGGAUUAUUGUCAAUUUCUGACCUGACACCUGGAUUCGGUUUUAUGUAGCAAAAUUUGAAAUGGUGUUUUUUACACUGGAUAAAAGUAGAGACUCUGAGCUAGAAAAUGGUAUAUCAUACACUGCAGUUGAGGAACAAUGGGAAAGUAAUUCUGCUUUGAAAGAUUAUAAAAGUGUAACCCCACUUUUGAGAAAAUGGGGACUGUGAAGAGACCUCUUGUGGCAUGUCUUGUGGGGUUUGCAUGGGUGUCCGAGCUGUGUGCCAGUAUUCCAAACAGACAGCUCGAUACAUUCAGCUUGUCAACACCUCUUACAAAAACAAAAAGCGAUGAAGUCAAUCUCUCUUCCACUCUAAGCCAGGAGUGACUGACAUGCAUGUCAUUCAUGUUAGCUCUCCAUGUACUUUUAAGGGCCAGCCGUGCUGCCCUGUUCUGAGCCAACUACAAUUUUCCCAAGUCUCUCUUUGUGGCACCUGACCACACUACUGAACAGUAGUCUAGGUGCGACAAAACGAUGGCCUGUCAGACCUGCCUUGUUGAUAGUGUUGUUAAGAAGGCAGAGCAGCGCUUAAUUAUGGACAUACUUCUCCCCAUCUUAGCUACUGUUGCAUCAAUAUGCUCUGACCAUGACAGUUUACAAUCCAGGGUUACUCCAAGCAGUUUAGUCACCUCAACUUGCUCAAUUUCCAUAUUAUUCAUUACGAGAUGUAGUUGAGGUUUAGGGUUUAGUGAAUGAUUUGACCCAAAUACAAUGCUUUUAGUUUUGGAAAUAUUUAGGACUAACUUUUUCCUUGCCACCCAUUCCGAAACUAACUGCAACUCUUUGUUCAGUGUUGCAGUUAUUUCAGUUGCUGUAGUAGCUGAUGUGUAUAGUGUUGAGUCAUCCGCAUACAUAGAUACACUCCUUUACUCAAAGCCAGUGGCAUGUCGUUAGUAAAGAUGGGGAAAAGUAACGGGCCUAGACAGCUGCCCUGGGGAAUUCCUGAUUCUACCUGGAUAAUUUUUUGAGUGGCUUCCAUUAAAGAACACCCUCUGUGUUCUGUUAGAGAAGUAACUCUUUAUCCACAUUAUAGCAGGUAGGUUAGUGGGUAAGAGCAUUGUGCCAGUAACCGAAAGGUCGCUGGUUCUAAUCCCCGAGCCGACUAGGUGAAAAAUCUGUCGAUGUGCUCUUGAGCAAGGCACUUAACCCUAAUUGCUCCUAUAAGUCGCUCUGGAUAAGAGCGUCUGCUAAAUGACUAAAAAUGUAAACUGUAAAAUAGCAGGGGGUGUAAAGCCAUAAAACAUAUGUUUUUCCAGCAGCAGACUAUGAUCGAUAAUGUCAAAAGCCACACUGAAGUCUAACAAAACAGCCCCCACAAUCUUUUUAUCAUCAAUUUCUCUCAGCCAAUCAUCAGUCAUUUGUGUAAGUGCUGUGCUUGUUGAAUGUCCUUCUCUAUAAGGAUGCUGAAAGUUUGUUGUCAAUUUGUUUACUGUAAAAUAGCAUUGUAUCUGGUCAAACACCAUUUUUUCCGAUGGAUUACUAAGGCUUGGUAACAGGCUAAUUGGUCGGCUGUUUGAGCCAGUACAGGGUGCUUUACUAUUCUCAGGUAGCGGAAUGACUUUUGCUUCCAAGCCUUGGGGCACACACAUUCUUGUAGGCUUAAAUUGAAAAUAUGGCAAAUAGGAGUGGCAAUAUUGUCCGCUAUUAUUCUCAGUAAUUUUCCAUCCAAGUUGUCAGAGCCCGGUGGCUUGUCAUUGUUAAUAGACAACAAUAUUUUUUUCACCUCUUCCACACUCGCUUUACAGAUUUCAAAUUUACAAUGCUUGUCUUUCAUAAUUUGGUCAGAUAUACUUGGAUGUGUAGUGUCAGCAAUUGUUGCUGGCAUGUCAUGCCUACGUUUGCUAAUCUUGCCAAUUAAAAAUUAUUAAAGUAGUUGGCAAUAUCAGUUGGUUUUGGGAUUAAUGAGCCAUCGGAUUCAAUGAAUGAUGGAGCUGAGUUUGCCUUUUUCCCCAAAAUUGUAUUUAAGGUGAUCCAAAGCUUUUUACUAUCAUUCUUUAUGUCAUUUAUCCUUGUUUCAUAGUGUUGUUUCGUCUUCUUUUUAUUCAGUUUAGUCACAUGAUUUCUCAAUUUGCAAUACGUUUGCCAAUCGGUUGUGCAGCCAGACUUAUUUGCCAUUCCUUUUGCCUCAUCCCUCUCAACCAUACAAUUUUUCAAUUCCUCAUCAAUCCACAUGGAUUUAACUGUUUUUACAGUCAUUUUCUUAAUGGGUGCAUGCUUAUAGUAACUGGAAUAAGCAAUUUCAUAAAUGUGUCAAGUGCAGUGUCUGUUUGCACCUCAUUACACACCACCGACCAACAUAUAUUCUUUACAUCAACAACAUAUGAAUCACUACAAAACUUAUUGUAUGACCUCUUAAAUGUUCUGAGAAUGUUCCAAAGCCAAGCAACUAUCCUCCAACAUUCCCAGAAAGUUGUGGGAGGUUGUAUGCAAAAUAACCAUGAGGCAACCACACUCUAACAAUUAUUUUCUUAGAACUUUUUGCGCUAGCUGGGAAAUUAGACAAGAUCUGCUCUUGGUCAGGGCCCAGACAUCUCUCCUGCUCCCCUGCUACGUGCUCCAUCCCAUUCUCUCUUUCUCUGCUAGUCUCUUUCCCUCUUUCGCUCUCUCUCUCUUCCCUCUUUCUCUCAUCUUUCUUUGUGCAGUUGAAUGUUUGACAGCCCUGGGCGUCAUCUAUUUCACACUUGUGAAAGAGAGUUGGCAAUCAAUUGUUCCAGCUUCAGAGAGGCCAAUGAAGUCCAUUGAUCUAUAAGCAUUUCCCCUCUCUAAUUAAUUCUUAAAGACGAGGAAGGAAAAAUCAAAAGCAAUUUACCCAAGAGAGGCCGACCCUAAUGCUUCACAUCUGUUUAGUUAACCGCAGCAGAGCUGGAUUUCAGAAAUGCUUUGUCAAUUCAUGAACUUAGCAGCAAAUUACUAAAACCUAUGAGAGGGAGGAGAUGCCAAAACCGACAUCAUUCCCUAUGUUAAUUUUGCAUUACUGCUGCUCUGCACUCAGCACAUCCAUGCCAGCCUACAAUUAUUCAGGAGAAUACGUCUUUACUAAUACCGGUGCUUUUUUUGCAUUUGUGUGUGCAUACACGUCCAUGUGUGUGCGUACACAUCCAUGUAUGCGCAUUUGUGCAUCUGUGUAGGUUUAUCCGCGGACCCUGGUUGCCUUGCAGUAGGACAUGUGGUGCAGGGACACAGCGGCGUGCAGUGAAGUGCCAGAUCCUGCUGUCCUUCUCCCAGUCUGUGACUGACCUACCCGAUGAUGAGUGUGAGGGGCCCAAGCCUCCAGAAAGCCAGCCCUGCUACCGCACCCCCUGCCCUGGGCUAGAAGGCCAAGAAGAGGAAGAUGGGUCCCCACAGAAAGAGGAGCUCCAUGACUGGGAGUAUGAGGGCUUCACAGAGUGCUCCGAGAGCUGUGGUGGAGGUAUGAUGCAAGGGUGCUCACAGUCAAUUGCGCCAACAGAAACACUCACCUCGAUAUGUAUUUGGACAGUGAAACUACAUAUUUUUUUUAUUUGGCAACAGUACAGAACGUCACCUUUUAGUUUAGGGUAUUUUCAUACAUAUCUGUUUUACCGUUUAGAAAUGAAAGCACUGGGGCCUCCCGAGUGGCGCAGCGUUCUAAGGCACUGUGUCGCAGUGCUGAGGCAUCACUACAGCCUUGGGUUCGAUCCCAGGGUGUGACAGCUGCCUGGGAGACCCCUUGAGGCGGCGCACAAUUGGCCUGGCGUCAUCCAGGUUAGGGGAGAGUUUGGCAGGAUGGAAUUUCCUUGUCUCAUCGUGCUCUAACAACUCCUUGAGGCGGGCCGGGCGCCUGCAAGCUGUCAUCAGUUGGACAGUGUUUCCUCCGACACAUUGGUGCGGCUGGCUUCCGGGUUAAGUAAGCAGUGUGUUAAGAAGCAGUGCGGCUUGGCAGGGUCGUAUUUUGGAGGACGCUCUUGACCUUCACCUCUCCCGAGUCCGUAAGGGAGUUGCAGCGAUGAGACAAGACUGUAACUACCAAUUGGAUAAUAUAAAAAAGGGGUAAAAAAAAAAAUAGAAAUAAUGGAAGCAGUUUGUUAAUAUUGUGUUUAUAAAAUCAUAAAAUGACUUUGGGAUAGCAUUCCAUUAAGGUUUUGUUCAUGUGUUAGUGCUAUGUUAUUGUUGAGGAAUACAUAAUAGUACUGUUAUACUGAUAGUACCCACUGGCUAUCAUAAAGGGAAUGCACCAAUUUGUAAGUCGCUCUGGAUAAGAGCGUCUGCUAAAUGACGUAAAUGUAAAUGUACUGUAGAUAAGCCCCCAAGCAGCAAAAAACUAAAAUAAAUACAGACUAGAAAGGUCAUUUUACAUAAAGAGAAACUGUGUGGCUUUCUUCACCUGGCCAAAACUAUUUUUAUGAUAGUUAAAGAAGUUUAGAAGUUGAAAUUGCUUAGUGUUGAAAAAUGUAGGCUAAUUUAGUAGUAGAGGUAUUGACUGUAUUACAGUAGUGGGAUGGUUGUGACACUCUGGCUCCAUGGACUUUGAUUAUUGAGCCAGGGUUGUUCAUUUUCAUUGUUUGGGUGUAUUUCUAUGUUGGGUAUUCUAGUUGUUCAUUUUUAUGUUUGGUGAUUGUUCUUGAUUAGUCAUAUGACUCCCAAUCGGAGGUAACGAGUGUCAGCUGUCGGCUCGUUAUCUCUGAUUGGGAGCCAUAUUUAAACUGUGUGGUUUCUCCUUGGUUGGUGGGUUUUUCUGUCACGGUCGUCGUUAAUAGAGGAAGCGGAACAAAGCGCAGCGUGUCCAAGAAACAUGACUUUAUUUAAAUAACGUAACCAAAACAAAAGACGACUCAAUGAAGUCCAACAGUAACACUCACUGAAAAGGAACAAAAACCCACAAACCAAGGAGAAACCACACAGUUUAAAUAUGGCUCCCAAUCAGAGAUAACGAGCCGACAGCUGACACUCGUUACCUCCGAUUGGGAGUCAUAUGACUAAUCAAGAACAAUCACCAAACAUAGAAAUGAACAACUAGAAUACCCAACAUAGAAAUACACCCAAACAAUGAAAAUGAACAACCCUGGCUCAAUAAUCAAAGUCCAUGGAGCCAGAGUGUCACAAUGGUAGCCUUUAGUGGUGUACAGUCUUGGUCAAAAGUUUUGAGAAUUACACAAAUAUUAAUUUUCACAAAGUCUGCUGCCUCAGUUUUUAUGAUGCCAAUUUGCAUAUACUCCAGAAUGUUAUGAAGAGUGAUCAGAUGAAUUGCAAUUAAUUGCAAAGUCCGUCUUUGCCAUGGAAAUGAACUUAAUCCCAAAAAAACAUUUCCACUGCAUUUCAGCCCUGCCACAAAAGGACCAGCUGAUAUCAUGUCAUUGAUUCUCUCGUUAACACAGGUGAGAGUGUUGACGAGGACAAGGCUGGAGAUCACUCUGUCAUGCUGAUUGAGUUAGAAUAACAGACUGGAAGCUUUAAAAGGAGGGUAGUGCUUGAAAUCGUUGUUCUUCCUCUGUUAACCAUGGUUACCUGCAAGGAAACACAUGCCGUCAUCAUUGCUUUGCACAAAAAUGGCUUCACAGGCAAGGAUAUUGCUGCUAGUAAGACUGCACCUAAAUCAACCAUUUAUCAGAUCAUCAAGAACUUCAAGGAGAGAGGUUCAAUUGUUGUGAAGAAGGCUUCAGGGCGCCCAAGAAAGUCCAGCAAGUGCCAGGACCGUCUCCUAAAGUUGAUUCAGCUGCGGGAUCGGGGCACCACCAGUGCAGAGCUUGCUCAGGAAUGGCAGCAGGCAGGUGUGAGUGCAUCUGCAAGCACAGUGAGGCGAAGACUUUUGGAGGAUGGCCUGGUGUCAAGAAGGGCAGCGAGGAAGCCACUUCUCCCCAGGAAAAACAUCAGGGACAGACUGAUAUUGUGCAAAAGGUACAGGGAUUCGACUGCUGAGGACUGGGGUAAAGCCAUUUUCUCUGAUGAAUUCCCUUUCCGAUUGUUUGGGGCAUCCGGAAAAAAGCUUGUCCGGAGAAGACAAGGUGAGCGCUACCAUCAGUCCUGUGUCAUGCCAACAGUAAAGCAUCCUGAGAUCAUUCAUGUGUGGGGUUGCUUCUCAGCCAAGGGAGUGGCUCACUCACAAUUUUGCCUAAGAACACAGCCAUGAAUAAAGAAUGGUACCAACACAUCCUCCGAGAGCAACUUCACCCAACCAUCCAAGAACAGUUUGGUGACGAACAAUGUCUUUUCCAGCAUGAUGGAGCACCUUGCCAUAAGGCAAAAGUGAUAACUAAGUGACCUUAAUCCCAUUGAGAACUUGUGGUCAAUCCUCAAGAGACGGGUGGACAAACAAAAACAAACAAAUUCUAACAAACUCCAAGCAUUGAUUAUGCAAGAAUGGGCUGCCAUCAGUCAGGAUGUGGCCCAGAAGUUAAUUGACAGCAUGCCUGGGCGGAUUGCAGAGGUCUUGAAAAAAAAGGGUCAACACUGCAAAUAUUGACUCUUUUCAUAAACUUAAUGUAAUUGUCAAUAAAAGCCUUUGAAACUUAUGGAAUGCUUGUAAUUAUACUUCAGUAUACCAUAGUAACAUCUGACAAAAAUAUCUAAAAACACUGAAGCAGCAAACAUUGUGUAGACCCAAACUUGUGUCAUUCUCAAAACUUUUGACCACGACUGUAGUAAAAGUAGUGACUGUGGAUCAUCACACAGCACCCCAUUUGAAGUACAGUAGAAGGACAGCAUCUGCUGCCCCAUUAGUCUCUGAAAGAAGCAGGGUUAUAGAUUUAUGUUAGGCAACCUUCAACACAGACUGACGUCACACCCUGAACAUGUAUUUACUGCGGACCAGGCCAGACCCAUAGCAGGCAUCUCUGCUGUUUUGAUGUUCAUUUCGCCCCAUUUGAUGCAAUCACGCCUUGUUUUCACAAUGCCCUAAUAUUUGGGUCGCUCCAUUGCACCUGCUGUUUCCAAUGUUCAUGUUUGUGUAUGUGUGCCUGCGGCACGUGUUAAUGUGUGCCUAUGAACAGCGAUAUAUGUGAAUGUGUGUGCUUGCUUUACAGGUGUCUAUCUGCUCUCAUAUUUUACACUUACAUUUACUCUCGCACUACAUCAGUGUCUCUUACCAAAAUGUAGAAUGAAUGAGAGGGGGAUUAAGUGAGGGAGAAUUUCACUUUGCACCUUCAAAUACCCCCUUUCCUCAAAGUGGAUUUAAAAGCUGCUAAGAGAAGUUAUGUGGCGACCAAUGUGUUGCUAGAAUUAAGGCCAGAGUUGUGCCAGGAAGGGUUUGACUCCAGGCAGUCAGAUGCCACCUAGAAAAGGCUGAUAGAGAAGGGCUUAUGUCCCAUUUCUUUCUUCUAACAUCAACCAAUCAACAUGAUUCAACAACUGUUCAGUUUUCCAGAGUGCCUGAUAAAACAAAAAGGGCUUGUUUCUCAGACCCAGAUGAAAUGAAACCCUAAUGAAAUAACUUUUGAAUUCAGAAAUUGGGUUUGUUAGUGAUAUUAAUUUAAUUUGGGUCUUGGAAACCGGCCCAUAAAGUGUAUGCCUGCCCUGACUGGUGUGAUGUUUUGUGGUUGUAGGAGUGAAGGAGGCGGUGGUGAUCUGUCUGAACAAGCAGACAAGGGAAGCCUCAGAUGAGAGUCUGUGUGUGAACUCACACCGGCCCCCACAGCUCCUCCAGGUCUGUGGCGCCCAGACCUGCCCUCCCAGGUAA